GCCAGGGACAAGGAAGAGAGAAGGGUCUGCGCUCUGGGCUCCCCCUUACCCGUCUCCCGGCUCUUUCUGGGUAACCCCUCAGCCAGACCCUUCUGCCCCUCUCUUCUCCUUCGCCAAGUAAAGGCGAGGCUCGGGGCCUGAAGGGGCGUGGCCAACAGAACCCGAGCCACAGCCAAUCCCAGCCGGGUCCUUGGCUCGGAGGAGGAAGUGGGUGUGGCGACGGAGAGGGGCGUGGCUUGACGGUUUAGAGCGACUCGUCGGAACCAGUCCCGACCCGGGAGGCGAAGCUAACGCCCUACCUGGGCCCGGGUGCAUCCCGCUCGGCACCUCUCGGCUGCUCCGCGUAUAAAAUGGAGGGAGCCCGGGCGGCGUCGGGGGAAGACCAAGACGGAGCCGAGUUCCCAAUGGAGCCCUUGGGAAGCCGGGUCCCGGAGCUGGAGCAGCCCCAGGUCCCCGCGGAGGAAAGACGCCCUGAGAGUCCCGAGAGCAGCCCGAGUCUGGCUCCCGCAGUGAAGGAGGAGGCGGGCGCGGGCCAGGACCUGUCGGGCGGGAAGAAGCUGCCCUCGCCUCGACCCGCGCCCCUGCGGUUGCUGCCAUCCAGCCCGGGCUACAGCGCCUUCCGCCGUCAGGAGUCGGCCAGCCCGGAGCUGCCGUCGCCGGGCCCAGCCGCGGCUGAGCAGCCCCGGGACGGCGAGACGCCGGGGGCAGAGCAGAUGCUCAGGGCCGCACCCGGUGAGCCGGCUCGGGGCGCCUGGGCCCCCAUGGAACUGCAGGUGGACGUGCGCGUGAAGUCCGUGGGCGCGGCCGGCAGCAGCUGCGCGCCCUCGCCGGCGCCCUCCACGCGCUUCCUCACCGUCCCGGUGCCGGAAUCGCCGGCCUUCUCCCAUCACGCCUCCCCAGCGCACCCGCUCCUGCGGCUGACCCCGUCUCCGGGAGGCACCUGGGGCCGUGGCACGCCGCUGGCCGCAGCCCGGACGGAGCGCGACCUCGACGCCGAGGGUUGGGCCGGUCCCGCCGAGGGGCGCGCGGAGUCCCCGGGCUCCCCCACGUGCCGCUGCCGCGGCAAGGAGGACGCCGUGCUCCACGCCGAGAUGGACGGCGACAAGAAGCUGUCCCGCGUCAUAAAGCUCGUAGAACUUUCCCGUUCGCUCUUGGUGUGCGCAGCGUCUUUGAGAAGUAGAGGUGGAAGGAAUUCCAGGCGAGGGGAGGUCUUUCAGGAUCACGUGACGGCGGUGGCGGCCCGGCAGCACCGCGGUCUCCCGACUCCUUGCUUCGGCUCGCCGAUCUCUCGCAGGUCCAGACUCCCUUUUUCCCUCCCGUAUAUUGAGGACCAGUUGACCCCUAACACUCAUCCAUUCAUCAGCUACUGCUGCUACUGCGUGGGGACUUCGGGCCAGACUGUGCUAGGGUGUGUGUGAGUUUUUUUGUUGCCGCGUGGCGGGUGGCGACUUGCAGGGAAGAAGAAAGAGCCUGAAAAAUACAAAAAUCCUGGACAAGGAACCAGAAGGGAGUGGCUGGUGAACUUGAGGGCAUGGGAAAGCUUCCUGCAGCUAAAGCCCUGAAAGCUGAGUAGGAGUUGGGGGUGGUAGCGCGCCUUCUGGCUGGAGGGCCUAGAGGCCUCCCCAGCAGACAACCUGCUGAAAGCUUGACCGGUUGAGAGGAGACCGGUCAGCUAGACAGGCUCCAAACCCCGAGGGCCUCUAUGCCAGGGGUUCUUAGACAUGGUAGAGUUCAGGGGCUCUAAUCACGCGGGGACUUUUGCAAAGUUGGGUGUGAGCACAUUUUCUGCACGAGAGGUGUAUCGUUUUCUGGUGCUGCUGUAACAAAUUGGCACAAACUUAGAGGCUUAAAAUGGCACUAAUUUAUUAUCUUGCAGUUCUGUAAGUCUGAAGUCUGAUAUGGGCUCAAGAGACUAAAGGCCAGAUGGCAGGGCUGUGAUCCCUGCUGGGGGCCCUAGGAGAUGAUUGUUUCCUUGCCUUUUCUAGCUUCUGAGGGCGAUUGAGUUCCUUAGCUCAUGGUCCUCUGUAUAUUCAAAACCAACCAGGACUUCCCUGAUGGCGCAGUGGUUAAGAAUCCGCCUGCCAAUGCAGGGGACACGGGUUCGGGCCCUGGUCCGGGAAGAUCCCACAUGCUGCGGAGCAAAUAAGCCCGUGCACCAGAACUCCUGAGCCUGCAAGCCGCAACUACUGAGCCCACGUGCCACAACUACUGAAGGCCGCGCGCCUAGAGCCCGAGCUCCGCAACAAGAGAAGCCACCGCAAUGAGAAGCCCACGCACCACGACGAAGAGUAGCCCCCGUUCGCUGCAACUAGAGAAAGCCCGUGCGCGGCAACGAAGACCCAACGCAGCCAAUAAAAAAGAGAAAAACCAGCCAGUGUCAGGCUGAACCUUUCCACUGCCAUCUCUGGGGCUCUCCUGUCCUUUUGCCUCCCUCUUCCAUUUAUGAGGACCCUUGUGAUCACAUUGGACCCACCCAGAAAUUCGGUACAGUCUACCCAUCUCAAGGUCAGCAGAUAAGCAACCUCAAUUCCAUCUGCAGCCUUAAUUCCUCUGUGCCUUGUAACCUAACAUAUCCACAGGUUCCAAGGAUUAAGACGUGGACUUCUUUAGGAGGACAUUAUUCUGUCCACCACAAUGAGUCUGUAGCUUUUUUUAACAAAUAAAUUUGUUUAUUUU